AUGAAGUCUGUCAUCGCUCUCGCUCUCGCCGGCGUUGCCGUUGCCGUCCCGGCCUGGUCUGAUGCCCCAGUGGAGCCAAUCCAGUCGACCACCACCACUGCUGCUUCUUCCACCUGGGCUGACGUCGAGAUCUCGACCACCACCACCAAGCCAGUGGUUCCCACCACCUCUGCCACCUCCACCUGGGGUGACUGGUCUUCCGAGACCACCUCCACUGUCACUGCCAUCACCACCGUGUGCCAGUAUGCCACCACCUUCACCGACAAGGGUGACGUCUACACCGCCACCGCUGGCGAGACCUACGUCCUGACCAAGGGUCCCUACACCGUCACCAUCCCCGUCUACGAGGAGACCUCCACCGUCUGCGACACCCCCGUUGCUCCCACGGGUGCUGCCUCCACCUGGGUCGACGCUGUCGUCCCUGCUGGCCCCACUGGUGCCAGCACUGGCGUCUCCCCUGCUUCCCCCAGCGCUGGCUACCCCGGCAAGCCUGCUGGCAGCGAGCCCGUCUCCCCUUACACCGGUGCUGCCUCCAAGAUGGCCGGUGCUGGUCUGGCCGGUGUUGCCGCCAUCGCCGCCCUUCUCCUGUAA